GGUACUAUAUCAGAGCGGUCUCUCAGGCUCCAUUCCAGAGGCAAUCAGCAGCCUCAAGCAGCUGCAGCAGUUGUACCUCAACGACAACAGUCUCUCAGGCUCCAUUCCAGAGGCAAUCAGCAGCCUCAAGCAGUUACAAAGCUUGCAACUCAGCACCAAUUGGCUAGCGGGGACGAUACCUGCUGCAAUCACCACGCUCACUAAUCUCGAAUACCU